AUGUCGCAAGAACAUCGUAACGACAAUCAGUCCCCAAAUCCAAGAGAACCUGUCAGGUCAAAUGAGCCUGGCUUUCCAUUUAAUGAGCAGGGUGGGGAUCAGCCAACAACGCCCUCAGCACGGGUUUCAAUUCCUCAAACACCGGGUGGAAAUCAACGUUCACAUCGAUCCCGCCCAACUUCCUCUAAUGCUAGCGCAAGUUCACCUCCAAAGUUAAGUCGACGUAAAUCUUCGUAUAUACCGUCUGAAGAGUCUGACGAUUUUAACGAAGAUAGUGACGAUUCUAAUAAUUCCAAAAAACGGCCUAAGAGGAGGGGUUUAAGAAAAAGAUUAUCGUCGUAUAGAAGGAGAUCAGAAGAUAACUUAGACAAUGGUAACGAAGAGGUUAAUGGUAAUGACGACGAUGACAGGGAGCCAGAUGAUUCUGAUAGUGAUCGUGAGCUUACAAUCAAGGACAGACAAGAAGUAAUCAAUACGACACAUCCAUUCGGUAUGCCAAUAUGGAAAUCCGCCUUAUACAAAAAAUCUCGGUCUGUAAUCCGAGAUGCUAAUUCCGCCUUACAUUCAACACCAACGGCGGAAUUAUAUAUGUCCCCUGGAAAUUUAUUAUGGGCAAUAUUAUUUGGAUGGGAGUUAUCACUAAUUUCAUUUAUCGCUUCACUUAUUUUAAAUAUAACACCAUGUGGUGGCUGGAGAUAUGCAGUUGUCUUAAGAGAAUUGAGUUACUACAUAUUAUGGCCUUUCGGUAAAUACGUUGAAAAAAUUGACGAAUGGUCUGACGAAAUUGAUGAGCAUGGCAUUAGUAUGAAUCAUACUGAUCUUCACGGCAGUGGUUCAUUAGGUUCAUUAAUGGGUAAUGGCAUAGACAUUGAAAUUAAUGUUGAUAAUCCAUUGUUGGGACGUCGGACAGCUGCUGGAACUAUUCGACGGCUUGAACGCGAAGGGCCUAGUUGUUGUGGAAUUGGACUAGCGGAAUUUGUUUUUUAUUUUUUGUACUUUUUGAUUAUUGGACCUUUAUUCCUUAUUGUUUCCGCUUUAUGCUGGUUCUCCGUUAUUGCCAUUCCGAUGGCAAAGCUUACCUAUGUGGUUUUAAGACAUCUACGAAAGCAUCCGCUUACCAUACAUUUUAAAUCUGGGUCAUCUACUACCAACAACCGAUCUACAAUAUUAUUGUGUACAUAUAAGGCAAUCGGCUUGUAUUAUAAGUACACAUAUGAUGGAGUUAACAUUAUAUUUAUUAAUCUCAUGGCCCUUGUUGUAUUUGCGAUAAUCGAUAAUUAUAUAAUUAGUGAAGUAGUAUCUGAUCCAGAGGACCAUUUAAUAACUUCAUCUGCUAGUUUUGGUGCUGUGGUCAAUGCCACGUUUGGUAGUAUUAUAGAAAUUAUCUUAUAUUCAAUGGCAUUAACUCAAGGAAAUGGUAAACUUACUGAAGGCAGUAUUAUUGGGAGCUUAUUAUGUGGUGUACUUCUUAUGCCUGGUUUGAGUAUGAUUAGUGGAGGGAUGAAACGCAAAGAGCAAAAAUUCAAUUCUAAGAGCGCAGGGGUGACUUCAACCAUGCUUAUUAUGGCGAUCAUUGGAGCUCUUACACCUACUCUAUUCUAUCAGACCUAUGCUCCGUAUAUAAUGAACUGCAGAACGGUUACUUGUGCAGCUGGUCAUAUUGAACCCUCUUGUCAAAUUUGCCAGCAUACCCAAGUUGAUCCAAUAGAAACAAAGUUAUAUAAUCAAUACGUUAAGCCGCUGAUGUAUUUUUGUGCAUCGAUCCUGGUCUUGUCAUACUUAAUUGGUCUAUGGUUCACUUUACAUACCCAUGCAGCUUUAAUGUGGCAGCAACAAUCCAGUCAUCACGCAUCAGAACAUGAUCAAUCUAUCUACAAACGACUCGUUCCCCUUCAUAUCCUACAACAGAUACUGCCACAAUCAUCACAACAUAAUGGUCCAGUCGGUACCACCACUGCUACUCGUUCUAUGACAGAACCUAUUCCGAGUACUAAUAUUAGUCCUACUUCACCUUUACCCGGUAACAACAUUCCUUUUGAUACAAUUGCAGCAGCAGCAGCAACUAUAGCAGAAAAUCAACGAUUGAGACAUGCGUAUGAAUCAGAGGAAGAAGAAGCAGCUGGACAUGAUUCACCAAAUUGGAGCAAGGUGAAAAGUGUAAUUGUGUUAAUAACAUGUACAAUUUUAUAUACAGUUAUAGCAGAAAUGUUAAUACACAAUGUUGAGGUUUUAUCUACAUCCGUAGAUGAAAAGCUUCUAGGGUUAACAUUAUUUGCAAUAGUUCCAUCUUUUACAGAGUUUGUGAAUGCAGUGGGAUUUGCAUUGAAUGGGAAUAUCGCACUUAGUAUGGAAAUUGGUUCCGCUUAUGCGUUACAAGUUUGUUUACUACAAAUUCCGGCAAUGGUUGCAUUUUCGGAAUUUUAUAAUAUGAAUAAAAAGGUUGAAAACCAG